GGAUAAGGGUCAAUUUUUAAUCAUCUUUUUGUAUCAGGGGACGGACUGCGAGGGAUGAUAGAGAGGAGUAUAAUCAUCUUUUUGUAUGUCUUUCAAUGACCUCCCCACCACAAGCACAGUGCACAGUGCACAGUGCACAGUGCACAGUGGACAGAAACAGUAGUCUGGUGCCCAUCUUUUCAUGGAAGUUUCAAUUUCAGUCUCUAUAGUUCCCAGUGACCAAAACAUUAUGAUCUUAUCCUCUUCAACCUUUCACUACUAAUCUCCUCUGUUCAUUCUCCUAUUCUGAGCUGAAUUCUGCCAUGCAUCAGUCACAAACUUGUUAGCUGCUCUGAGCUUAUGCUCCUCGAUCGAGGUCCUCCCUGUCGAACUCCCCUGUGAUCAGACCUUUGUAGGUUUGUAAGCCUUGCGUGUGUUCGCAGGGAGGCGAAUGAAAUGAGCAUUCCUCAUUUGUUCAGAUGCCCAAUAAGCCUUGAAAUCUUCACGGAUCCAGUCACUCUGAGCACCGGCCAGACCUACGAUAGGCCGAGCAUCGAGAAGUGGCUCGCCGACGGCAACCUGACGUGCCCCGUCACAAUGCAGAGGCUCACCGAUACCACAUUGAUCCCCAACCAUGCCCUCUGCCAUCUUAUCGACCAGUGGCUCCUCGCUGACGCCGGAGACAGCUGCCACCACCCUGUGCAGUUUCCCGAUGCCGCCGAUUUCUCACUGGUCGCGCUCCGAAGGGAACUCCUCUCGCCGACCACGUUGCCGUCAGAGAAGCUGGAGAUGGCCAGGAAAGUCCACGUUCUGUCCGUGGAGUCUGACGUCGGCCGGGCAUGCUUGGUUCAACUUGGCUUCUUUCCUUUGCUGCUUCAGCUUCUGUUCCAACUUACCCCGGGAGGAACCCUCCUCGACGCCGAGUUCGCCGGAGCGUUGCUCGGCUGCGUUCUGAGCUUGUCGGUCUCCGCUCCUUUGUAUCCGCUCAACAUGCUGAAGGAGGAAGAAUCGACUUUGUCUUCGCUGGUGCACCUCUUUGACCGAGGCAAUGCCGAGAUCAAGAUCAGCUUAUGUCAUCUCCUCGAAGUCAUAGCUACUUCUUCUGCCACCCACGAGCUCUGCUCAAUCGUCGUCGACCGGUCGCCGCGGAUCUUGCAGAUUCUAGUUUCUAUGCUCGGCGACAAGUUGAGUACUUUCAAAGCGUCGCAGGCGGCCGUUCGCGCCACGGCGGCUCUGUGCUCGUCUUCGGAGAGCAACCGGCGCCGUGCGAUCGGGGAAGGCGCGGUGGACGGCCUCAUCGCGCACCUGCUGUCGAAUUGCUGCGCGCGGCGCAACGCCGCGCCGGCGUUGGCCGCGCUGGCCGCGCUGGAGCUCCUGCUGGGACUCGAGGCGGGGAAGAAAGCGCUGCUGGAGAAUCCAAGCGGCGUGAGGGCCCUCGUAAAGAUGGUGUUCAGGGUGUCGACGGGGCACGAAGGGAGCGAGCACGCGCUGGGUUCGCUGCUAGCCAUUUGCGGCGAGUCGGAGAGGGCGAGGGCGGCGGCGACGUCCGCCGGCGCGGUGACGCAGUUGCUACUGCUGCUGCAGAGCCAGUGCGGCGCGGCAUCGAAGGCCAAAUCCAGGACUCUGCUCAAGAUGCUGAGAGCUUCUUGGAAUGGCGAAACAAGGGGACUGCUGUGAUUCUUCAUGAGAUAGUUGUAAAUGGAGUGUGUUUUUGCAUC